GCUCCAGCGCUGUGACCAGGCGCUCUGGUUGAUUCUGGUGACGGUGAUCACUUCUAAACAAGAAAAGAGACUUACCGAGUGUUUCGAACCCCGGUUAUCUUCCUUAAUAUUUUAGUAUUUAAAAUAAACAUAGAGCUAUAAAUAUAUUGUUCCUUUUUUGGAUAUCCAACCCCAAGCCAUACUGUUUGAAGGGUCAUUUCUACAAAGGUUUGGAUUCUCCUGCGCACAGAACUUAGUUUUUGGGUUGCGUUAUGGCCAUCCACGCAGAGGGCAUCGUGGCCAUCGUGAUCUUCUAUCUGCUCAUUCUCUGCGUGGGCAUCUGGGCAGCCUGGAAGAACAAAGACUCCGGGGUUGGAGAAGGCUCGGACCGCAGUGAGAUCAUCAUGGUCGGCGGGAGAGACAUUGGGCUUUUCGUGGGAGGUUUCACCAUGACUGCCACUUGGGUCGGCGGAGGAUACAUCAACGGCACGGCGGAGUACGUGUACCUGCCAGACUUCGGUCUGGCUUGGGCGCAGGCUCCGUUUGGUUACGCGAUGAGCUUGGUUGUGGGUGGCCUGUUCUUCGCCAAACCAAUGCGCUCCCGUGGAUACGUCACCAUGCUCGAUCCCUUCCAGCAAAUAUACGGCAAAAGAAUGGGAGGCUUGCUCUUUAUUCCUGCGUUGAUGGGGGAAAUAUUUUGGUCUGCUGCCAUUUUGUCUGCACUGGGGGCUACCUUGAGUGUCAUCGUGGACAUUGACAUCAACAUGUCCGUCAUCAUCUCCGCCAUGAUCGCCAUCUUCUACACCUUGGUGGGAGGUCUCUACUCAGUGGCCUACACAGACGUGGUGCAGCUCUUCUGUAUCUUUUUGGGACUGUGGAUCAGUGUGCCUUUUGCACUGGCAAAUCCUGCCGUAGCAGAUAUUGGUGUAUCAGCCAAAAAGGCGAUUUACCAGACAGCCUGGCUUGGCAAAAUUGAACCAGAGGACGCAUGGCUGUGGGCGGACAACUUCUUUCUGCUGAUGUUGGGGGGGAUUCCCUGGCAGGUGUAUUUUCAACGGGUUCUGUCUGCCUCUUCAGCUACCUAUGCACAGGUGCUGUCAUUCCUUGCCGCCUUCGGAUGCCUGGUCAUGGCUGUGCCAUCUGUCCUGAUAGGAGCAAUUGGCGCCUCCACAGAUUGGAACCAGACCUCAUAUGGGGCCAUCCCUCCAAAAGAUAAGGAUCAGUCAGACAUGAUCCUUCCAAUUGUUCUCCAGCACCUCUGCCCAUCCUACAUUUCCUUCUUCGGGCUGGGUGCAGUGUCUGCGGCUGUAAUGUCCUCUGCCGACUCAUCGAUUCUCUCGGCCAGCUCUAUGUUUGCGAGGAACAUCUAUCACCUGGCUUUCCGACAGUCGGCGUCAGAUCGGGAGAUUGUUUGGGUGAUGCGCAUCACUAUCUUUGUUUUUGGAAGUUUAGCCACUGCUAUGGCACUGCUGACCGGAACAGUGUAUGGCUUGUGGUACCUGAGCUCAGACCUGGUGUACGUUAUCAUAUUCCCACAGCUCAUCUGUGUGCUCUUCAUCAAAGGUACCAAUACGUACGGCUCCGUGGCCGGCUAUGUCUUUGGCCUGUUGCUACGCAUUGGGGGCGGGGAACCCUACCUCAAACUCCCACCUUUCAUCUACUACCCCGGCUGGGUGGCCCAGGAGAAGAUCCACCACCUCACCGGUGAUGUAGAACACUAUGUCCAGCAGAGAUUCCCGUUCAAGUCCAUAUCCAUGUUGGCAUCAUUCGUGGCCAACGUAGCAUUCUCCUAUCUGACCAAGUAUCUCUUUGAGAGCGGAACGGUUUCGCAUAAGUAUGACUUUCUGGACGCUGUACACAGCAAAGAGGUCAUGGACAAGACCACGCUGGUUGGGAACCAGGACAACAUUAUCCUUUCAGAGUUGGCGCCGGUCAGACAGGCCCUCGGAGGCGCUCUUGCGGGGACUUUCACCAACACUGACGUACUAAGCGAUGACGGAGAGUCCAGUGGGGAAUCAUUGCACAACGAAUAAUAGAAGGAAACGAGCGGAAACAUGGUUGGAGGCAUAAGCAUCCAUUUUCAAAACUCACAAAGGUCACUUAGGGUAGGCACGCUGAGAAGGAUCUGCUUCGUCUUCAAACCAACUCUACAAGUGUGUAUCAUGCCGAGUAUGUGGUGCUUCCCUGUUCCUUCUGUUCUUGCUCUGCUGGGGAGAGCUGGUGUCACUAGGAACCAGACUUUUAAAUCAUGAAAAUCGUACAAGUCCAUGCACCCAUUUGAAUUCAAUCAAAUUCAUCUCUUAAAUAUACUACUGCCACAAAUUAUUUUAAAGUGCUUCUACAGUGAAUGCAGGCAGGAACAGAUAUAAAGAAGAAACAAAGUGCAAUAUCAAAACAUGUCUUUAGGUUAAGGUGUAAUUGUUUUGUGUGUUUAUGGGUAUGCAUCUGCCUCUGAUGAUACCCUGAUGAUCAAUGGAGGAUAGUAUGGUUAUAUAUAGAAUGUUAUUUUUUAAAGCCGCUGUAGGUAUGACUCUGGAGAUGUAAAGAGUGUGAGCAGAAAAAAAAUAACGUCCCUUCCUCCUUCCUAGGCUCCCUCGUUCCCUUCAUAUCUUUCAUUGUCAUUGAAAUGUGUUGGAUUUCAUGCACCUGUGAUUGACAGGCAAGACAGAUUCCCUGAUCCAAUCAGGAAAGAGAUGCCUUGAGUGGUCAGAAAUGGCUAUAUUUCUGAAUUGGAUGAUACAGAGGCAGUUAAAGUCAACUCGGAACAGAUAUUGUCACAGCGAAUUUUGAUUGCUGAAUAUCUUCUUUUUUUUUAAUGACACUCAAAUAAAAUCUCUUAUAUCUUACCUACAGCACCUUUAAUAGAGCAAUAAUGUUUCUUCUAUCUUUGUAAAUUGAUAUAUCGUGUUGAAUUAUCAGUGUUAGUUCCAUUUCCAGAUUGAUGAACGUCUGACCGUUUUUGUGUUGUACUGACAAAGCUAAAGAAAAUAACAGGUAUUUUUUCAGCAAAAGUUGUUUUCUUUCUUAUCACACUCUUUAUUUUUACUUAAUCUUUUAUUCAAGCUUGGUUUUAAUAUGCAAAGGUAUAUCAAUAACACAAGCGCUAAUAACUUACUCGCUUUAAUGACCCAGGUCACUGUUUGCUUCGUAAGUGUUAUUUUCACUCAAACUUGGAUGCCUGCCAAACAUACAAAUGUAAUGAUUCGUUUUUAUGUGACAAGGAAAUAGUUUGCACUCUUCGUAUUCUAGCGACAAUUGGGUAGUGUAUUGAAGGCACAAUAAAGUCAUCCCUAGCCUAUAUGGUAAAAAUAACACCAUGCAAAUGAUCAUUUGUGGCAUCAUUGUUAAUGUAACAGGACUUUUUGGUCAUGUUGCGAGAAGUUUGCUACAGGAUACGCACAGUUUGUCGGCUUCAGGAUAGGCUUGGGUUCAACAUGAUAGGCACUAUUAAAUUAUGCAGCCAUAUACACAUGUAUUAAUAUUGAAUUGGAAAUGGAUAACAACUGAAAAAUGAGUACCAAAAUAAGAUUUGAAAAUGGUCUCCCAGAUAUAAUCCUUGUGCAUGCAAGUAUUUGUGUGAUUAUCUUUACGUUCAUUUCUUUGUGAUUGUCUUGUUAAAUAGCAUUCCAUUUGGCAGUUGUUUGUUGACACCAAGUAGUGCAUACUAAACCAACAUUGGAAAACUAGUUUACCAAUGUGUUAAGUCAUCUGGAUCUGGACGUGAGUUGGGUAGGAUGAGCUUGUAAUGAGCGAGCUCAACCGCCAACCUACAGUGCUUUCCAUAGGCUGAUCAACCAGGAAAUAUGACUCCCCCUCAGUUGCAUAAAGCUAGAUCCUUAAAUCAGAGCGAGUUUUUUUGCCUGUCGUUGCAAAAACGUCUGCUUCAAUUGAACAAAGCAAUGUCACUCAAGCUUUACAUUACCAAAUUACUUGCGUCAAUUCAGUAAAUACAUUUGAUGCGUCAUUUACUUUCUUUUUUAUGCAUAUCUUUGUAUUCAUGAAUACUUUUAGGCAUUCAUUUUGGGUGGGACCUGGGACUUCGUGACCUGAAUCGUCAGCUCAGCAAUUUAUCCUCAAUAUUCACUCAACACGGAUUGAGAGACAAAGCAUGUUCAGGGUUACACUGGAAAAUGAUUAGCCCGUCUCUUUCUGUUACACUGUCCACUUCAGACCACCUCCAUUGCUGCCUACCUAUGUUUGGGAGGGGGCUGGAUCAGCCCGGCUGGUUAUGAUGGUAUGCAAGAUGUUUGUGUUGUUUCCACAUAAAGAAAAAAGAUCAAGUUCACUCGUUGGACUUAAAUGUGAAUGUAAACCUUUUACUUUGUCAGUAAGAGGACAUUAUGUGUGUGAUGCAAUUAGACGAAUUCACAAACUGAAUUGAAAAUGAAAAAAAAAAGUUAACUGUUGACCAAUAUUUGUGACUCUAUGUAAAAAAUAGCAUUGUAUUUUUCUGUGAUGUAUAAACUAAA